GUAUAAAUAAACAAGAGAAAGAGAAAACCUCUGAAAACAUCUUUGAGUAAAACUAUUUCAGGUGCGUGAAAUCAUGUCCGCAAUGCAGAGGGGCACAAUCUGCAAACCUCAGUUUGGACCGUGGCUCAUAGAGCAGGUGGAAAGUGGGCUGUAUGAGGGAUUGCACAUGAUCGCUGCAUCCAGUGACACAUUUCGGAUCCCUUGGAAACACAAUGCACGCAGAGACCUCGGGGACGAGGAUAUUAAAAUAUUUAAGGAAUGGGCUGUGGUUAGUGGAAAGAUCAAUGAACACCCUAAUGACAAGGCGAAAUGGAAAACAAAUUUCCGCUGUGCGCUUCACAGUCUGAAAAACUUCCAGAUUGUGCACGACAACUCAAGAGACCCAGAUGAUCCUCACAAAAUCUAUCGCAUUAUCCGCCCUCAGAAUCACCAAGAGACUCUGAGUGUAGAACCAAUUCAACAGCAGCCCAUAUUCAUUGAUGAGAUCUACAGUGCAAAUAAUUACAUAUCUCAAGAAAUGGAGCAGGACUUGCUCAACCAGAUGGAUACUAUGGAUCUAAAUCAACAAUCAGAGACCCAACAAUGGGAUACCUACUCCCAACAAAACAUACAGACCACUCCAACCAACUACUUUGACACACCCUACUCCAAUUGCAUGCAGAAUAACACGCCUCCUCCAGUCCAGCAACCCUACACUACAGUGCACGCAGAGAACCCCCCUUCCAUCUAUGACCUGGAGAUCUCAAUCAGCUACAGAAGAACGGAAGUUUUGAAAACCCGCCUGUGUUCAUCACUGGUUCAGUUUUACUACCAGUGUGACCCAUCUGAGCUAAGAGGCACACCCAUUCGCUUCCCGAACACCGAGUGUCUAAUUGACCUCAAACAAGUCCAAUACACUAAACGCAUUCUAGAAAGUAUCCAGAGAGGUCUGCAACUGGAAAUAAGCCAGUAUGGCAUAUAUGGCUUCCGUCAGGACAAGUGUAACGUGUUUGUCAGCACCAGCGAUCCCAACAAGAUCCAGAACCCAGAGCCCAAAAAACUGCAUCAGAACUUCAGGGAGCAACUCCUGAGCUUUGAAAAGUACAUAAAAGAUCUAAAGGAUUUCAAAGAGAACAAACGUGGGUCUCCAGAUUAUACCAUCUAUCUGUGCUUUGGGGAGAAACUCCCUGAUGGAAAGCCUUUGGAGAAAAAACUUAUUGUUGUCAAAGUUGUACCUCUGAUAUGCCGUGAACUUCACGAAAGAGCUCAAAUGGAGGGAGCGUCUUCUCUUCUAAAUGACAACGUUAGCUUACAAAUCUCCCACAACAGCCUUUUUGAACUUAUAAAUUCUUUGGGUCUGCCUUCAAUGGACUAAACUAACUAGUCAUUUGACAUUCCUUUUUUAUCUUUAGACAUAGAAACACAUUCAUAUUGUUACUGAUCUUUCCAUUGGUAAUUUACAAGGGGCAUUCUUAGGUGAUUUUCAUAGGGGCUUGUUUGGUUUGCUAUGGAAUGUUAUUUUAACUUUAUGAAACUAUAUUGUUCAAAUUAUCAUAAAUGUAGUGUAUUAACUACAUUUUUCUGAUGAGGGCUGAGACCUCAUUUUCAUAUCCUGUCUUCUAGUGAAGAGUCUUUUACACUUUGCCCAAAGGGCUGCAUUUUCAGUGCUUCUAGUCUAUAGCCUCCUCUAUGAAUGAGAUGUCUAUUAAGUUUGGUGUCAUAUUAUGACAUUAAAUGAACUUAUUUUAAAACUAGUGGUUGACUGAUAAGGUUUUUUUCUUAUUGGCUGACACGAUGUAUGAUACUCUUCAAAAACAUGAUCAUAUCACUCCAGUUCUAGCUUCUCUUCAUUGGCUACCGGUCUUUUUUUAGAAUUCAAGAUUUUGCUGCUUGUUUUUAAAGCUCAUAAUUGACAAGCCCCAUCUUAUGUCUGACCUUAUUUACUUGCAUUCAUCUCUUAAGUCUCUCGGGUCUGCCAAUAAAGCUGUCCUUUAUAUCCCACGGUCACGUCUUAAAUAAAAAUUGGACAGACUUUGCAGUUGCUGCUCCACGCUUUUGGAAUCAAUUGCCACCUGACAUUGAAAGAGAGAUUGAAGGAGCACACAAUCUAGACGUGACACUUUUUUCUCUCUUUGGCCUUCCCUGGCUGUUAACUUAUUUUAUUGUAUUUUAUAAUUGUUUUUUGUACAGACCUUUGGUCAGUGUAAGCUGCAUUUAAAUGUGCUUUAUAAAUAAAAUGUACUUUAGGUGGUAUAAACAAAAUCUGAUCAGAGAAAAAAAUAUAUAUCACAAUCACAUGUUAAAGAUUACACAAUUAUUUUCCAUUUGACAGAUUUGUUUUGAAAUGUAUAAUCUUACAAAUUGAUUACGGAGUAUCAGCACAUCAUACCACUUUAAAGAAAAUAUUCCA